CCGUAAAUACCAUCGUGUGUAGUUGAAUAACACGCAUGUGGCUUUUGUCGCGUUUUUAUCGGAAACAAUAGGGGAAAAUAUAUUGGAAACAAAACACACAGCGGCAAAGUUUUCAAUAUUUUGUAAAAUCGUGAAAGCGCCAUCGAAUUGUUAAAAAUAACUACGUUAAACCGCCUUUGUUUUUAAUAUUUUUUAAGUUAAAGAGAGAAUUGUUUAGAGCAAGUGAUAUUUUAUGAAGUUCCAUAAAAGUGUUAUCGAGAGAAAAUUUGAUAAACCCAGAAAAAAAUUGGGUAUACAUUCUGUAAUAUACAGACACGCAAAUGCUAAAGGUCUCGUUUACGACUUAUAGUUGUAAUUAAAGCUGAAAUUGACAAAGUAAAACAUAAGUUGCAGUCAUUAAAAAGGCUGUUCGAUUAGAUCUGUGUAAAUUGGAAUUCCGCCAUAAAUCUACUUCGUACCCAUGCCCGUGUCAGUGUGUGAACCAGUGGCUAACGUUAGCGCAGUUUUGCGGGAAUCACUGGGAAAUGGGUAUUCAAGCAAUGGUAGAAACAUUUGUAAAGCAGGAGGUGUGGGUGAUAACUACAAUGCCGAUGAUGAUGGAUGUCUACAGGCAAAACUCGCUGUCACAGCAAAACGUGUGUUACUAUCGAAAAUAGAAUAUGAGGAGGUAACAAACUACGGUCAAUCUGUUUUAGGUGCACUAAAAUCAAAAUAUGAUAUUUUAAAAGCCAAUACAACUAAUAAAAAUUCAAACUAUGAUUACCUCUCUCUUGGGAAGAAUUCGGAACAAAAUGACACAUCUACUAUUGCAGCGCCGUCAAAUGGUGCUUCUUCGAUUCCAAAGCGACAGAAUCCCAACGAAUUGCCACAACCAAAGAGAGUGCUGUAUCCUCGGGAAAAUGUAAUAAUUGGUUGGAAAAAUUCAGCACGUAAGUGGCAUGUUGGGGUCGGUAUGAUGAAUGUCGGAAAUACAUGCUACCUAAAUUCAACAUUACAAGCCCUCUUUCAUGUACCCUCUAUGGCGAACUGGCUAAUUUCAGAUGUGAAACAUAUGGAAGAAUGUAAUUCAUCUGAAAAUUGUAUAAUAUGUGCAAUGAUUAAAACCUUAGAGGCAUCACAGAAUAAUCAAUCAGCAAUUCGCCCAUACUUGGUUUAUUCGAAACUUAAGUUCAUUUGCAAACACUUACUUAUGGGUAGACAAGAGGAUGCACAUGAGUUUCUCAGAUAUUUAGUUGAGGCAAUGGAGAAAUGUUUCCUUACCCGCUUUCGGAACUACAAAGAAUUAGAUCAGUAUAGCAAAGAAACAACACCGCUUAAUCAAAUCCUCGGAGGUUAUUUAAAAUCAGCCGUAAGGUGUUUAUCUUGUGGACAUGUGUCUGUAACGUUCCAACAUUUUCAAGAUUUACUAUUAGAUAUAAGAAAAGCUGAUACAAUUGAUGAAGCCUUAGAAGGCUACUUUUCAAGAGAACGUCUUGAAGAUAUGGGAUAUAAAUGCGAAUCGUGCAAAAAAAAGGUCUCUGCUACCAAGCAAUUUUCUUUAGAACGUGCUCCAAUUGUGCUUUGCAUACAGCUAAAACGAUUUUCAGUUAUGGGUACCAAGCUUAACAAACAAAUUACAAUCAAACCACGAAUCGAUUUAUCUAAAUUUGUUUCUCGAAAGGAAGUCGGUGAACAGUUAACUUAUAAAUUAGUCGCUAUGGUUACCCAUUUGGGGGCUUCACAACAUUGUGGUCAUUACACUGCCAUUGGUUUGACCGAAUCGGGUUCUUAUUAUAAUUACGAUGAUAGCUACGUUCGCCCAGUUUCUGUACAGAAUGUUUGCAAUACAAACGCUUAUAUUAUAUUUUAUGAAAUUGAAAAGCCACAACGUUCUCCAAAUAAUUCCGAACUGAGCAGCAUAAGUGAUGUUGUUAAGGAAAAUUCGCAAAAACAAAAUGGUUAUACAAAACCUGAAAAUAUAUUCUCCACUGAAAUAAGUAGUUCAAAUAAUUCACAACAACGUCUUGAUAAUAAUUUAUUGACCGGAGGUAUUAAAUCAUCACCAUCAUAUUAUAUUAAUAAGCCGUCCACAAGUAAUGGAUCCAUAUCUAGUAAAUUAACUGUUAGCCGCCAGCUUCAAUUUAAAGCUCAAACUAAUAGCACACCGUUGAAAUCAAAUGAUUCACCAUCAACAAAAUUAUCAAUGAAUUCCGAAAAUAGAAAUAUCAUUCAACGGCCUUCGGAGCAAACUAGUAUCUUGCAGGGAAAACACUAUGAUAAUAAAGAUGCGGAGAAAAAAUCAAACUCACCAACUACUGAUAAUAAGCGUAGUAAAGUUUCAGAGCUGGUGUCACUACAUAAAGCAGCUGCAACCCUGCCUAGUAUGCCAAAUUUAUCUGAUGUUCAAAAUCAAAAUUUAAAUCAACCUGCCAAAUAUUCUGCGGUAUCAGUCACCUCUUUAAAGAGCCUUGUCCCGUAUGAAUCUGAAACAGAUGAAGAAUCGACGGCGUCUGAGGUAAAGGAUAUAUUGUUAGGUUCGGAAGAUAUUGACAAGAAAAAGAAAGAUAUCAAAAGUGCUAUUAAACGACCGUUGGAAAGCCCUUCACAAAAUACCACUGCAACCACGGAAAGUUUAAAACAAAAAAAGUUGGCUAUUUUGAGUGAAAAUGAUUUAAAUACAAACAAAUCAGACGAAACAAAUACAAAUCGUUCAAAGGGUAAACAUAAAGUUGAUAUAUUUGAUGAAAUUUUUAAUCAAAAGAAAUGUGUUCGUAGCAAAGAUGAUGUAACUUCAAGUGAAGAUUUCACAAAUAAGACGCACGAUGAGGACGAAUGUGAUGAUCAUUUAGUUUCAUCGAGUGUAUCUCGACCACCGUUUGUACGUUCACAUUCUACACCGCCUUCUCCACCUGUCAUUAAAACAAAAACAGGUUUAUGGCAAGUCACUACAUUACAGCCGGUGACAGCGUGUAUCAGUCCGCCGGAGAAAAAAGUGUUAAAAAAUGUUAAGAACCCAUUCGCCAAAAAAUCAUUGGACACAUUUAAUAAACGCGCAAAGCCCAACCCGGAGGUGAAGUCUGAAAAGACCUUUGCGGGUAAUGGCUAUAGAUGCAGCAAUGUAACCGAUGAUUCCGUAUCAGGUCUAUUGAAACAGUCUCAUCGUGGAUAUGGUGUCCCCGUUCUUUCAUGGAAGGGAGACCAAACAAAAAUAUCUAAAGAGGUGGAAAUUGAUGCUCAACAACAGCGACAAAAUGACUGGCAAAAUGAUGAAGAUGCCGAAAUCGACCGUGGACGUCAGAAAAAAGUGAAGAAAGAAGGAUCACAAUCCGAUAAUCGAAUUCCGGGAUUCAACCCAUUUCAAGAACAAGAAAAUCAAAGACGAUGGAGAUCCAACGGGGUAACUAAUAGACAUUAUAGUGGAUAUGUUCGACAACAAUUCCAACGCAGCAAAUUCAAGUUUCAACGGUUCAAUCCGAAAUUCCAGCGAAUGACUGCAAUGUCUUAUAAGCGAAACAAUCACAGAUUGAAUAACAGUUAUACACGACGGAACUCAUAACAUAGUAAUGAAAUGAUUUCUUUAACUAUAAAUAUUAAUUAUUUUUCAAUAUAACUAAUAUAUAAGUGACUGCUCGAUUAAAAUAGAUGAAUAGUAAUUAUACUUUGACAGAGACGCAGUAAAAACUAUUUAUUAAGUAAAAAUAAGGAAACUAGCACACAGUGCAGAGAGUAUAUAAUAAGUAGGAAUGUAUGUAAUAGUGUAGGGGAAAUUGCAUUAUCUACUUAUGUCGUUGUAAUUUUUUGCGAUUUCUUCAAGUUACUGCAUAUUAUAAUAGUAUACCACCAUUUAUAAUUUCCCUCAUUAAUCCAGAUUUAUGUUAAACAAUAGUAAUUUACUUCUAAAAACUGAAGUUGAAAGUUCCACAUCGAUUGUGAACAAAAGACUAUAUUGUACAAUAGAUGAAAAUUUAAUCAUUUUUUAAGGUUUCAAUUAAAAUAAAACAUGAAAAUUAUUAUAUACAUGAAUUAAA